AUGGGAUGGUUCCUGGAAAGCAAGCACAAGGAGUUCGUCUAUACGGAGGACGAGGGGUCUGCGUUGGAGCUCCUGUUUGGCGGUGGGUGGCGAUCGGAGGUGCUCGUGGUGGAGAGACACUGUUCAUGGGGGAGGGGAAAGCUGAAACGAUCAGCUUGGUCGGCGUGUUCGUGGAGGCAGCGGUCGGAGAAAAAAUAUAUUCACUAUGGCUCAUUCUUCACUACUUCCACUGCUACUACUGCUUCUUGGAUUUGGAAAGGUCUUCAGAAAUGUAAAAGAUUUCUUGUUGCUGGGUCUUGUCUGAAUGUUUCAGUAAAUAGUGAUGACUGUAUUUGGACAACAUACUGGGUUCCGUCCCUUCCAUCCUAUCGGCCUUCUCCCCGUAGUCCAAAUUCAAGAUUUCUUCCCCCCUUGUCUAUCUCUGACCUGAUUAUGCCAGGAACUCGUCAAUGGAAUAAGCGUUUGCUUUCAGUUCUAUUUGAUCCUUCCUCGGCUGUGGCAGUUGGGAAAUUACCGAUCAUGAUAGCCUCUGCUAAAAGCUAUCUCUGGACUUCUUCUUGUUCUGGGCGGUUCUCCACUUCAACUGCCUAUCUUUCAAUCUUGAAUGAUGAUUUUACUGGGUCACAUCUAUGUCCUUUGUCUACUUUUUGGAGAGAUAUCUGGAAACUCCAACUAACGGAUCGUCUUAGAAUAUUUAUAUGGAAGAUAGCUUGGAAUAUUUUGCCAACUACUCAGCGGUUACAGUCAAUCAUUCCUACAUAUCAUCCUGAUGCUUCUUGUCCGCUCUGCAAAUCUGGUCAGGAUUCCAUCAGACAUCUUUUCUUUCACUGUCACUUUGCUAGAGUAGUUUGGCGUUUUUCACCUUGGCCACUUGAUUCAACUACUUUCGAUUCUCCUGAUCUGCUUAACUGGAUACGAAUUAUUUUAUACCCGGAUGUCUUGCUCAAUAUUCCUUUCUUGGAAAAGCAUCAGUUUCAGGUCUUUGCAGCGAUUACUUGUGAUCUUCUUUGGUUUCAUCGAAAUAAAGCCUAUCAUGAUGGGCUGAACUUUGAUGCUCGUUCCAUUGCAAAUCUUAUUUGCAUUUCCUACCGUCAGCAUUGUGAUGCUUGGUCUGCUAAAUUAUUUCCUAAACCGGAAAAAUGGAUUGGGCCUCCAUUACAUUGGUAUAAAAUCAAUUUUGAUACUGCUAUACGUGCCUCUUUUUCCUGUCAAGCAGCUAUUUGUCGAGAUAAUAAGGGAAAGUUAAUCAAGGUGGCUACUCAAAUCCAGGCUGCAUGUUCACCUAAUAAAGGCGAGGCUUUAGCUGCUCAACUCGCUAUUUCUCUAGCAUCAUCCCUUCGCCUUGACCGGUUUAUCAUUGAAGGUGAUUCUCAAAUUGUAAUCCUUGCUCUACAACAGCCAAAUAUUGUUCAAGAUUGGCGUAUCACUGACAUCAUCCAACAAACACUAGACUUGUUCCCUCCUGAUUCGACUUGGUCAUUUCGGAAAGUCAAUAGAAGUGCAAACUUCGGUGCCCACUAUGUGGCACAUUGGGCCGCAGCUCGAUUCCAGUCAAGCAGCAUUCCCACAUCCUCAUCAGCCACCUCUUCUGCUACUACUCAGAUUGUCAGUGCUAUUUUAGAUCCUGGGCAAAAUUUCCUGUUCCUUAAUAAUUAG